CGAAUAAAAUGGGUAAGAAUAGAGUUAAAAUUUAGGGUAUGACAGGGUGUGUUGCUUCGAGGUGUCACUUUUGGGUCGGGGGGCUGUUCGACGGUUUCAAUUCAGCUUCCCAGGUUAUAAACCGUUGGAUCUUUAAGAUUCGAACAUGUUUUUGUAACUUAUUUAAAGGGUGUGUGUUGCUCUUCAUUUUUUCAUCAUUGCUUCUCCCUUCUCUCUCUCACUCUCUCCACAUCUUUGCCUCGAAGUCUUUUAGGGAAGAUCUAUCCCUCUUUUCAGCAGAUUUCUCUUGCAACUUUAUACUUCUCAGAGUAUGCUAGAUCCAGAAUUCCUCUUUAUUUUAUAUAGACCUUAUAAGCAGAGAAACAUUGCUAAGUAGUUCAGACAAAGCAGCCAUGGAGUCACCAUCUUCUUUGCACAUAGCAAUGUUUCCAUGGUUUGCAAUGGGACACUUAACUCCAUAUCUUCAUCUCUCAAACAAAUUAGCCAAAAGGGGACACAAAAUCUCUUUCUUCAUUCCCACGAAAACACAAACCAAAUUAGAACAAUUCAACCUUUAUCCAAAUCUCAUCACUUUUUACCCUCUCAAUGUUCCUCACAUUCAUGGUCUUCCAUUUGGUGCUGAAACCACUUCAGAUGUCUCAUUCUCUUUAGGUCCACUCAUCAUGACAGCUAUGGAUCAAACACAGCCUCAAGUUGAACUUCUUCUCGCUCAACUAAAUCCUAAAAUGGUUUUCUUUGAUUUUGCCUUUUGGAUACCAAAAAUUGCUCAAAGUUUAGGAAUUAAAUCAUUUCAAUACUGGAUUGUUAGUCCAGCAACAAUUUCAUAUACUCUAUCUCCAUCAAGGAUGUGUGAAAGUAUAAACUUGACUGAAUUUGAUCUUAUGAAACCCCCAAAAGGGUACCCUAAUUCAUCAUUCACUCUUUAUUCUCAUGAAGCAAAGUAUCUUGCUUUAAAAAGAAAUUUUGAAUUUGGAAGUGGGGUUCUUUUUUAUGAUAGGCUUUUUAAUGGUUUGAGCUUAAGUGAUGCAAUUGGGUUCAAAGGGUGUAGACAAAUUGAAGGGCCUUAUGUUGAUUACUUAGAACAAGAAUUUGGUAAGCCUGUUCUUCUUUCAGGACCUGUUUUACCUGAACCACCUAAAACUGUUUUAGAUGAAAAAUGGGGUUCUUGGCUUGGUGGAUUUAAAGAUGGUUCAUUAGUUUAUUGUGCACUUGGAAGUGAAUGCAAAUUAACACUAGAACAGUUUCAAGAAUUGUUAUUAGGACUUGAGCUAACAGGUUAUCCAUUUUUGGCAAUUCUUAAACCUCCUGUUGGUUUUGAAACUGUCGAAGAUGCUUUUCCAGAAGAGUUUGAAGAAAGGGUUAAGGAAAAAGGGAUUGUUCAUAGUGGAUGGAUACAACAACAAUUGAUUUUGGAACACUCAUCUGUUGGUUGUUUUGUAACACACUGUGGGGCCGGUUCGUUGACAGAGGGGCUGACAAAUAAUUGUCAGAUGGUGUUGAUUCCACAUUUAGAUGCUGAUCAUAUCAUUAAUGCAAAGAUUAUGGGUAUGAAAUUGAAGGUUGGAGUUGAAGUGAAGAAGGGUGAAGAAGAUGGAUUGUUCACUAAGGAAAGUGUUUGUGAAGCUGUGAAAAUUGUUAUGGAUGAUGAGAAUGAGAUUGGCAGAGAAGUUAGGAAUAAUCAUGAUAAACUCAGGAACCUUUUGUUAAACCAAGAUUUGGAGUCAUCUUGUGUUGAUGGUUUCUGUGAGAAGCUUCAAGAAUUAGUCAGGUGAUUUUCUAAUUAGUAGAAACUCUAUCAAACUGUUAUAUAUUGUUGUAUGAUUAUAUGGUUUCAAUAAGAAAAUAUUAUGUGUAUUGAUAACCUGUAAUAUGAUCCUAACUAGUGAAUCAAUUUGUUGGGUUAUGAUGCGA